AUGAAUGCAGAUUGUUACAUUUUUUCCCCACUUUGUAAUAACUUAAUUUGAAAUGUGACAGUGUUGGCUGCAGUUGCCCAGACCCAGGACGCGUGUUUGGGGAGCACGUGUUACCCUAGUCUUGGAGAUCUGAUGGUUGGCCGCACUGCCCAGCUUUCAGCCACCUCCACCUGUGGACUCUAUGAACCACAGAGAUACUGCAUUCUGGGAUAUCUGGAGAAUGAACAGAAGUGUUUCUUCUGUGACUCAAGGAGCCCAUACAGUCUCUCCAGCAAUCCAAACAGCCACCGCAUUGAAAAUAUCAUUACCACCUUUGAACCUGAGCGGAAAAUGAGGUGGUGGCAGUCUGAAAAUGGUGUUCAUCAAGUCAGCAUUAGACUGGACUUGGAGACCAUCUUUCAGUUCAGCCAUCUAGUCCUGACUUUUAAGAGUUUUCGUCCAGCUGCUAUGCUUGUAGAGAGGUCUAAAGAUUUUGGGCAAAGCUGGAAAGUGUUCCGAUACUUUGCUGAGGAUUGUGCCAAUUCAUUCCCUGGAAUCCCAGAGGGGCCAGCGAAGAGUGUGCACGAUGUCAUUUGUGAUAGCCGCUACUCCGGGGCAGAGCCAUCCACAGAUGGAGAGGUGGUGCUGAAAGCUUUAGAUCCCAGUUUUGAUAUUGAUGAUCCUUACAACCAUGACAUCCAAGAACUCAUCACCUUGACUAACCUUCGUGUGAACUUCACACGCCUGCUGACUCUUGGGGACACUUUGCUGGGCCGCCGUAGGAGAAACCCCCAGGAAAAGUACUAUUAUGCUCUUUAUGAGAUGGUGGUUCGGGGUAGCUGCUUCUGCCAUGGGCAUGCAGCCCAGUGCGUGCCUGCAGAUGGUAUCCGUGGAGACGUCUUCAGUGAGCCAGGAAUGGUACAUGGCCGAUGUGUGUGCCAACACAACACAGCGGGUGACAACUGUGAGCGGUGUCAGGACUUUUACAAUGACUCCCCCUGGAGGCCUGGUGGAGUUACUGACUCAGUCGUCUGUGGAAGAUGCAAUUGUCAUGGUCACUCUGAGAGCUGUCACUUUGACAUGGAGCGUUACCUGGCUAGUGGGGAGGUCAGUGGUGGAGUGUGUGACAAUUGCCGUAACAACCGUAUGGGAGCCCAGUGUGAGCUAUGCCAACCUUAUUUCUACCAGGAUCCUCGAAGGUCUGUGGAUGACCCAGAGGCCUGUAUUCCAUGUAACUGUGACCCAGCGGGCUCUCUGAGCAGUGGUCCAUGUGAUCCCCUAACUGGCCGCUGUAUGUGCAAGGCCCAUGUUGAGGGUGAGCGGUGUGACAGAUGCAAAUAUGGCUUCUAUGGAUUCAGCCAGGAGGAUCCAAACGGCUGUCAGGUGUGCAGGUGUAAUGCCCAGGGUAGUGUGCUCACACCAUAUGCAUGCGAUCCGCAAACAGGCCAAUGUAUCUGUCAGUCUUUCGCCACUGGACCAUACUGUGAUCAGUGCAUGCCGGGUCACUGGGGUUUGGGAAGUCCAGGCCAAAGCUGCGUGCCAUGUGACUGUGAUCCUGGAGGAGCCUACAACAGUGUAUGCUCCUCAGUGGAUGGGCAGUGUGAGUGCAGGAAUCAUAUGGUGGGGUUGAGCUGUAGUGAACCUGCUCCAGGAUAUUUUCUGGCCCCUCUGGACUUUUAUCUAUACGAAGCAGAGAACGCUUCUCCUCUGCCCAGUGGACUGUCCUCACAGCUGAUAAAAACCACUCCGAAUCCUUCAGCCCAUGUAUACCCCACUGCCCCUCCUUAUGUGGAGCCACUGCCUCCUCCAGUGUACCCAACUCCUUAUGCUGGUCAGUGGCAGCCAGCCCCUCCCAACCCAUUUGAAUUGCCCAAGUGUGAGCACUAUUUCCGGGAGAGGGGCUAUGAUUUUACGUUCAGCAAUGGGAGGUUUGUACUGGUUAGGCGUGAGAGACGGAGAGCUCGAAAACGCCGUCAGAAUCAGUCUAUUCCCUUAGAGCCAGGCUCGGACUGGCAGAUAAUUCCACGCCAGCGUGUACCAGGUGUGCCUGUUACUUGGACAGGACCAGGAUUUGUACGUGUUCGGGAUGGAGCAGGACUCAGAUUCAUUGUCACCAAUGUGCCUGCCAGCCUAAACUAUCAUCUCGUAAUACGCUACGAACCAGAGUCUUCAGAUGAUUGGGCAGCCAUCAUAACAGUAUUACCUCGGGGACAACCCGGAGACGGCGACUGCCCUGUCGAUCCAUCUGAAAAAGUGGCAGCGCUUCCAGGCUCCAGCAGAGCAGCUGUUCUGGAUCCCCCAGUGUGUCUAAACAAUGGUCAAAGAUACAAUGUGGACAUCGUUUUUAGAAAGCAGGCCAAUGCUGACCCCCAGUCCAGCCCCUACAUCCUCGUCGACUCGAUUGGGUUAAUCCCAAAGAUUGAGUCCUUACAGAAUUUUUGCUCAGAGUCAGACCUUGCCCAGUUCCAGCGGUAUAACUGUGAGGGUCUGGGAGCUGAGGCAGGUGAACGCACACUGCCUGAGGUGUGUGAGAGACUCAUUGCUAGCAUGUCAGCUCGUAUCCAUAAUGGAGCAGUGCCUUGCAGGUGUAAUCGCAUUGGCUCUUUGAGCAUGUCCUGCAGUAAGUUUGGAGGACAGUGCGAUUGUAAACCUAACGUAAUUGGCCGCUGCUGUGAUUCCUGUGCUCCGCUGACAUAUGGCCUUGGACCAAAUGGCUGCUCACCGUGUGACUGUGACCCAUCCGGUUCCACAUCUCAGCUGUGUGACCAGAGGAGCGGCCAGUGUUCAUGUCAGAGUGAGAUCACUGGACGGCGGUGUGACGGCUGCCUGCCCGGUUACUAUGGCUUUCCUCGGUGUCGCCCCUGCCAGUGUAAUGGACUGGCUGACCUCUGUGACCCUCAGACUGGAGUGUGUCUGGACUGCAGGGAGCACAGUGCUGGACCCAAUUGUGACAGAUGUGUGGACGGAUACAUCGGUGACCCCCUCGCUGGGGAGUCCUGUAAGCCCUGUCUGUGUCCAGAUGUGAAGAGCAGCGGGCGUUUCUUUGCCCGCUCCUGCAGCAGAGAUUCAGACCCUGACAAAAUGUACUGUGAAUGUGUGGAGGGAUAUACAGGUCCGCACUGUGACAAGUGCGCUCCAGGUUUCUAUGGUAACCUGGCAGAGCCAGGAUCCCGCUGUGAGGAGUGCCCCUGUAACAACAACAUUGACCCGACUCAGGGCGGUGCGUGUGACCCCAUAACUGGAGAAUGUCUGCGCUGUUUAUAUAACACCCAUGGUCCUCGCUGCCAGAGCUGCAAGCCUGGUUACUAUGGCAAUGCUUUGGCCCAAGACUGCAAAGAGUGUUCUUGUGAUCGACGGGGUACUGAAGUUCUCCAGUGCCCAAUGGGCGGCCCGUGUUUCUGUGAUCCGGUGACUGGGCAGUGCCCAUGUCGUACGGGUGUGGUGGGUGCUCUAUGUAACGAGUGUGAUGAUGGUUACUGGAACUUCGAGGGCGCUUCAGGAUGCCAGCCAUGCAACUGCGACCCAGAACAUUCUCUCAGUAACCUGUGUAACAAGAUCACAGGCCAGUGCCCCUGUAAGCCAGAGUUUGGGGGUAGACAGUGUGACGAAUGUGGAGAGAACUACUUUGGAAACCCUGAUAUACAGUGCAUAUCUUGUGACUGUAACAUGGAGGGAACCCUACGCCCUGCCUGUGACCCCUCCACAGGUGAGUGCAUGUGUCGGCCGGGUGUGACAGGUUUUUUCUGUCACGAAUGUGCCCCGGGUCAUGAACCGACGUUCCCAGCCUGUGCUCCCUGCCAUGCCUGCUACCACCUCUGGACUGGGAAUGUCACAGACGUGAAGAAAGCUGCAGAGAAAAUGUUAACACUCAUUCCUCGUAAUAUGGACGAUCUCGAUCAUAAUAGCUACUUGCCACGUAUCCAAGAGCUCAUGUCCCAGCUUGAUGGGUUAAACAACCUGACAGGGAGACCCAAAGACAAGAUGGAUGAGAUGGAGGAGCUCCUAAAACGCGUCAAUGACAUGAUGGACACCCUUGAUCCUAAUAUGAUCAUUAUCGACCAAUCUCCCCUGCUCAACACUGAUAUUGACAACAUUCGUCGUGACUUCAAGAAGCUGCUGGAUAACCUAAUAGAAAAGUCUAAACAAGGCCCAGUGACAGACCCAGAAACAUUAAUUGAGGCCCUGGAGGAGAUCAGGAAAUAUCAUACAGAGUUUAUGAAGGAUGAGAAGAGAGUGGAAGAUGCUAAAGACGUGGUGGAGAAGUCCAUACAGACACGACAGAACGCGCAGCGAGAGCUGGCCAGCUGUCAACCCAGAGAUAUAAAGGCACUAGAGAAAAAGAUCAAAGCUCUCAGUAUUGCCAAACUCAAUGAGGAGAUCUGUGGAGCGCCGGGCAAUGUGGAGUGUUCAGAGGCAAAGUGUGGGGGGGCGCUGUGUGGAAAGUGCGGAGGUCCCAGCUGUAAAGGCAGCAUUCCUGUGAGCAAAAAUGCCACACAAGUGGCAGAGAAUACAGAGACUGACAUCAUCACUUUCCUCCGUAAUCUGAGGGACACGGAGAUUAAGAUUAAUGAUGUCAGGCAGAUGAAUGAAGACAUUAAGGACAAGGCUGAAGACAUGAUGACCAAAAUCACAGACAGUUUAAGCAAGUUUGAGAAGGAGAAGAAUGACACUAAAGACCUGCUAAAGCGUGUCAGAGCCUUCUUAACAGAUGAAAUGGUGGAACCAGAGGACAUUGAGCAAAUGGCCAAUGCUGUUUUAGCAAUCAAGUUGCCCGCUUCCCCUGAUAAGAUCAGGGACAUGAUCAAGGACCUUCAGGAUGCGCUGAAAUUUAUUAACAAUUUUAAAGAGGAUCUAAAACCCCUGGAGAAACAAGUAGAAACAGUCAAAGACUUGGAAGACAGAGCCAAGGACAUCCUGGACAGAACAAAGGAAAUCGGUGUCCCUGAGUAUAUUAAACAAUUACUGGAAAAUGCUGAGGAACUACAAGACCAGGCCAUCCAAAGUCUGGAUCAGGCAAAAAAAGACAAAGAUACAAUUGCAGACUUACUUACCAAGAGUGAAGAAAAACUAAAGAAUGCUGAAGAGGGAUUGAACUCCACACAACCCAAGGAGCUACUGGAUGAAAUUGAAGCUCUGAAGAAUAAAACAGAAAUGAAUAAAGCUCAAGCCAAAGAGGCCAAAGCCAUUGCUGAUGAGGUUCUGACAAACACCACUGAUUUAAACCAAGAAUUUGAAGAGGUUUUACAGGAGUUCAAUAAACUGAAAAACAGAACCCAGGAUCAGUCCCUUAAUGAGGAAGCUAAUAAACGAUUGAAGGACAUAACAAAGGAAGUUGAGACGUUGACGAAAGAUGUUGAGGACAAAAUGAAAAAAAUUGAAGAACUGGAGAAGAAAAUUCAAGACUCAAUCCAAGAAAAAGAGGGUAAAAUUCAGGAUGUGGCAGAUCUACUGAAAAAGGCAGAAUAUCUGAAGAAGUUUAUCUCAGACAAAGUGGAGGGAUAUGUACAAUGUAAAACUUAA